AUGUCAAGCAAUCAGUGUCGUCGAUUUGAAGGAAAAGUGGCAAUUGUGACUGCUGCAACAAAGGGUAUUGGGCUCGCUAUUGCUGAAAGAUUGCUCGCUGAAGGAGCUUCGGUUGUGAUUGGAAGUAGAAAUCAGAAAAAUGUGGAUGAAGCAAUCGAAUACUUAAAGAAAAAGGGACUCACGAAAGUUGCAGGAAUUGCUGGACACAUUGCUAGUACUGAUGAUCAGCAGAAACUUGUUGACUUUACCCUCCAAAAGUUUGGUAAGAUCAAUGUCCUUGUGAACAACCAUGGUAUUAAUCCAGCAUUUGGUCACAUUUUGGAAGUUUCUGAUCAAGUUUGGGAUAAGUUGUUCGAAGUGAAUGUGAAGGCUGGAUUCCAAAUGACGAAGCUAGUCGCUCCUCAUAUUGCAAAAGAAGGAGGUGGAGCUAUUGUAUUCAACUCUUCGUAUUCUGCGUAUAAGAGUCCACCUGGUAUCGCUGCCUACGGUAUCACAAAGACAGCUCUUGUUGGGCUUACAAGAGCAUUGGCUAUGGGAUUAGCCAAGGAUAACAUCAGAGUUAAUGGAAUUGCUCCUGGAGUAAUCAAGACUAAAAUGAGUCAAGUUCUCUGGGAAGGCAGUGAAGAAUCAGAGAAAGAAUUAACUGAUGCUCAAGAAAUUGCUCUUGGAAGGCUUGGGGUACCAGAGGAUUGUGCUGGAACAGUUGCCUACUUGGCUUCUGAAGACUCUUCAUAUAUCACGGGAGAGAUGAUCAUCAUUGCAGGAGGUGUUCAGGCUCGUCUCUAA